CUGUCUGCAAUUUUUCUGUCGUUUUUUGUUGUAAUUCGAAAGGAAAACCCAUGGAAAACGCAUAAAACACGCAUGAAAAACGAAUAAAAAUUGUGAAAAUUCAACAGUGACGUUGGCAGCCGUAACAAUCAAUAGAUUGCAACGAGCAAACGUUUCUCGAAAGAACUCACUGUGCGUGUGAGUGCGUGCGUGCGCUCUUGUGUGUGUGUGUGUGCGUGUGUGUGUGUUUGUGUGUACCUCGGAGUGCGGUGUGUGCAUAAAAAGGCAUAGCAACCCACUGCCCCCGGGACGGACAAGCGGGGAGGCACACAGUCGUCGUCUUCGGUUCGAUUCGCAGAAGCAACGAAAGUGAGCGAGAACCAGAAAUUUUCCUUGCCACGACGGGAGCAGUGAUUUCCAGUUCUUUCCAAAUGGAAAUCUGAUAUUCUCCAUCCUCCAGAAGAAGUAAAGGAUUAUCCGCAGAGUCCGGAUACGAAGGAAGAGGGAGACAGCAAACGAUUCUCAUAUUGCAGAAAAUACACACACUAUUUUUGUUCUGCAUCCCAGAUAUCAGAUCGGUAGGUCCUUCAAUAGAGAAAGAGAGAGAGAGAGAGAGAGUGAUAACGAUCGCUCCCCUCGGCUUACACAAAACAAAAACAAAACAAAAAAAACAACAUCCCAGCCAACAACAAUCGUGUGCAUCUGAAUUUGAAUGGAUCCAUUUGUUGGCUGGUUUCAGAAGGAACAGGAGGGUCCAUCGCUGCGCACAUGGUUAAAGAUUUGGGAGACGAAUGCCCAGGAAAUGGGAGCAUUGCUUGAUCAGCAGCUACAGCUGGCGAUCAACAACGGUGGGGGAGGAGGAGGAGGAGGCAGCACCAAUCUAGGAGGCACCAAAAUCAACAGCAGCAGCAGCAGCACUAACACCACCACAAACAGCACCAACACAACCACAGCCACAAGUAGCAGUAACACCAACGACACUAACAACUGCAACAGUAGCAGCAGCAGCAACGGCAAGGCAUUUCUGUCGCGACCCGCCGCCGCCGCCACCACCACCACCACCGCCACCGCCACCGCCACCGCCAGCACCACCACCAGCAGUACGCUAAGUCGCGUGCUCAACUUUCGUGCGGAUUCACUUGAAAUCCUGCCUCAAAUCAACGGCAACAACAGCAGCCCUGCUGCGCCUGAAGACAACAACUCCAAUAGCAGCUCCAGCAGCAGCAGCAGCAGCUCCAGCAGUAGCUCAAGCAGCAGUAACUCAAGCAACAGUGGUGCCAGCCCCGAGGCAGUUGCAAACGCAACAAACAGCAGUAUAGCCGCAACAACAGCGGCUGCAGGUGUAGCUGCAGGUGUAGCUGCAGGUGUAGGUGUAGGUGCAGCUGAAGCAACAGUUGCAACCACUAGCACCAGCAAUAGCACAACGAGUACUACAGCUAGCAGUACUAGCAACACUCCUGCAACAACGACGACGACGACCACUACCACAGCAGCAGGAACAACUGUAGCAACAUCAACUGUAUCGACUGUAGCAACUGUAGCAGGCGGCAUCAUGAAUGACACGACAAACCAAAGCAACCGCACAAACAUCAUUUAUUACAAUCCGUCACGUAAGAAACGUCCAGAGAACAACAAAGUUGGUGUCACACAUUAUUAUAUGAACAAUCACAUGGCAAUGAUAGCCAAAUACAAGGGCGAACCCUGGCGCAAACCGGACUAUCCCUAUGGCGAUGGUGUCGUUGGGCUGCACGAAGAAAUUGAGCAUUUCUAUCAGUAUGUGCUGCCCACGCCCUGUGAGCAUGCCAUACGCAAUGAGGUUGUGAAGCGGAUCGAGAAUGUGGUGCAUAGCAUUUGGCCACAGGCGGUUGUCGAGAUCUUUGGCUCAUUUCGCACUGGACUCUUUCUGCCCACCUCUGAUAUUGAUCUCGUUGUCUUGGGUCUGUGGGAUAAAUUGCCACUGAGAACACUGGAAUAUGAGCUGGUGAAUCGGGGCAUUGCAGAGGCAUGCACGGUCCGUGUCUUGGACAAGGCAUCGGUGCCGAUCAUCAAGCUGACGGAUCGUGAGACUCAGGUGAAGGUCGACAUAUCGUUCAAUAUGCAAUCGGGCGUCCAGUCCGCGGAGCUCAUUAAAAAGUUCAAGCGCGACUAUCCGGUGCUGGGGAAGCUGGUGCUGGUGCUCAAGCAGUUCCUACUGCUGCGUGAUCUCAAUGAGGUGUUCACCGGCGGCAUCUCAUCCUAUUCGCUGAUCCUCAUGUGCAUCAGCUUCCUGCAGCUGCAUCCGCGAGGCAUCUACCACGACACCACCAAUUUGGGCGUACUGCUGCUCGAGUUCUUUGAGCUCUAUGGCCGGCGUUUCAAUUACAUGCGCAUUGGCAUCUCGAUCAAGAACGGUGGUCGCUACAUGGCCAAGGAUGAGCUGCAGCGGGACAUGGUCGAUGGCCAUCGACCGUCGCUGCUGUGCAUCGAGGAUCCGCUGACGCCCGGCAAUGAUAUUGGACGCAGCAGCUAUGGCGUGUUCCAUGUCCAGCAGGCGUUCAGGUGCGCCUACCGUGUCCUCGCACUCGCCGUCAGUCCACUCAAUCUCUUGGGCAUCGAUCCGCGCACCGAUUCAGUGCUGGGUCGCAUUAUCCACAUAACCGACGAUGUCAUCGACUAUCGCGAAUGGAUACGCGAGAAUUUUGAACAUCUGCUGCUAGUGGAUCGCAUUUCCCCAAUGCCGCCCGGCGGCUAUACCCCAAAUGGAACCAAAUAUGUGAUUAUGCCCUCCGGCACAAUGGUCCAACAGAUCUAUCAUCCGGUGCAGGUGCAAGCCCACGGCCAUGCGGGGCAUGGGCAUGCGCAUGCCCAUCUCGGCCAGCCAUAUACGACGACGACGACGACAGCGGUGGCUGUGGCGGUGGCUGCCACCCAGCAGCAACAGCAACAGCACCAGCAAUCGCAGCCGCCGACGCAACAGCAGCUGCACCAGCAGCAGCAGCAACAACAACAGCAGCAGCAGCAGCAGCAGCAUCAACACCAGCAGCAGCAGCAGCAGGUGCGGCAUCGGCGGGGCAGCACCUCAUCCGGUGACGAUUCCGAGGAUAGCAAAGACUGUGAAAUUGUGGAAGUGGCGCCAGCAGCUGGAAAAGGAACAGGAACAGCAAUAGCAUCGAAUCCGAAUGCGACAGCAGCAGCAGCUGGUUCCACGGUUGUGCCCAUGGAGAUUAUCGAUAUAAGCUCAUCCCCCCCGCCCAAUGGCCGGGGUGCCGCCACAGUGGUGCCUAUUACGCUGGCCAUGCCCAUGCCGAUGCCAGUGUCCGCCGUUGGCAUGACGCUGCCAAUUGUGGUGGCAACAGGAGCCAGCAGGAGUCACAGCAACACAAGCAGCAGUAGCAGCAGCAAUAUAAGCUGGAGCGGGAAUGGCAAUGGAAAUGGAAGCCGGAGCCGAAGCAGCGGGAAUGGAAAUGGAAACGGAAACGGGAACAACAACAACAACAAUAGCUCCUCAGCGGGCUCGUCGCAGCAGCAGCCGCAGCAUCAGGUUGCCGGCUAUGCGAACAUGCUGGCCGCAAUUGCCGCCGCCGCUGCCGCCGGCGCCGCCCAUCCAAUCCAACAUCAGAAUCAUUGUUUAAUUCAGAAUCCGAAUCCAAAUCAAAAUCAAAAUCAAAAUCACCUGCGCCAAUUGCGUGGUGGUGGAGUGGGGAUUGGUAUUGGUGGUACAGCAGCAGCAGCAGCAGCAGCAACUGCGGCCAGCAUGAUCAGCAGCCACCAGCAUACAUGUAUAACCUCUUCAUCACAACUACAACAGCCAUCAGACAUCAAUGUGUCGUCCAACCACCAGCAGCAGCAGCAGCAGCAACACCAACACCAGCACCAUCAACAGGAGGAGGAGGACGAUCGCCAUUCAACGGGAAGCAAUGAUGCCAUAGCAGUAGUAUCUAUGUCGACCACACCGCCAAAUGGAGGAGGUGGGCGGCACUACAACAAUCAGCGCAACAACAACAACAACGGCAAUAACAACAACAACAGCAACAACAGCUAUUAUCGCCAGCAGUUUUAUGUACCGCCACCGAUGCAGCAGCAGCAACAGCAGACGACGACGUUGAACAAAACCACCUAUCAACAUCACGGCAAUAACAAUAGCCAUCAUCAGCAACAACAGCAACAGCAGCAGCAGCAUCGGCAUCAUCAUCAUCAGAGCCAGCAACAGCAGCACCAGAAUCAGCAUCAGAACCAACAACAGCAGCAGCAGCAGCGUACGCAGCAUAUGCGACAAUCUGUGAAUCGCUAUCAAAAGCCAACGGCUGUUGCGGCUGUAGCAAGCAAUAAUAAUAAUAGCAACAGAUUGCCGCCGCUGCGUGGCACUUUAGUGAACUCGUCGUCUGCUAUAUCAAUCAUUUCCAUAUCCUCCGAAUCAUCGGUGGCCAGCAGCAGUUCGUCCUCGUCUAAUCGAUCCGGAAAGAAUCGUAAUCAAAAGUCACGAUAGGCCGAAAUUUAGGGAGAAACCCAUACACAUACCACACACA